GGACAAGUCUUAUGACUAUUGUGGAGGCCGUCUGAUACGGAGAUGGUAGGGAUCAGACAGAAUAAGAGUAUUAGUUGCGAAUAUCAGUGCAGGAGCUAGUCAAUUGAGAUAUCAACAGGCACAAAUGCAGCAGCUCAGCAAGUUCACCGCCUUCCUGGUCUGCACCCUGUGCACCAUCCUCUACGUCGGCGUGCUCUACAUCCACCCCAACAGCAGACCGAGCGCGACCGUUUCUCGGAAUGAUGCGACAGUUAUCAAGUACCGGGUGAUUGCGAUUACGAUCAGCACAUAUGUCACCGCAGUCUUCACGACGUGGAUCUUGAACGAAUGGCGGGUAUCGCUCAAUCCGCUCUAUCUGAUGGUGUCUCUCAGAAUGCUGCCUAUGCCGUCCUUGUUUGAGAUUUUUCGAUCAGGGUUGCUGAUAACUGCCAUUCUCUUUGUCGGACCGCUGGUAGAAAAGCUGUUUCUUUCUGGAGGUAUAUCGGAGCUCAAUUAUGGCUUUAGAGAUAUUUUCCGAAGCUGGAUCAAUAUCAGAAACUACAUCAUUGGACCAUUCACGGAAGAGAUAGUGUUCCGCUCCUGUAUCAUCUCGAUCGAACUGCGCGCCCGGAUGUCGCCCACAACCGUCAUCUUUGUGGCCCCGCUCUACUUUGGCAUCGCACACCUGCACCAUGCCUACGAGUCCUACAUCCAGAAUCCAAACUACCUCAAGCUCGUGAUCCUAAACUCGAUCUUCCAUUUCGCGUUCACGACGAUCUUUGGCUGGUACGCGUCCUUUCUCUUCCUGCGCACCGGAAGCUUCUGGCAGCCGUUUGUGGCGCAUGUGUUUUGUAACUUGAUGGGGGUGCCGAAAGUGGGUGCCAGGCUCGACGGGCCGGCAUGGUAUACGAGAUUGUAUCACGGGUUAUUGGUGUUUGGGUUGAUUGCAUUCGCGAUGCUCUUAGGACCUUUGACAAAAUCAUCGAGAGAAAUCAUGUAGAUACAGGAAUAGAUCAAAGGACGUUUUAUAUGAGGU